AGGUUGUUUUCGAUAUUCGGAGAUGUUUGGGAUUUUUUUAGAGGAAGUGGUUAAAGUGAUAGCGAUUAAAUUAUCUUAGCCAUGACCGGACAGAGAAGUAAGUUAUUCAGUUGUGUGGUGAAUAAUGGAAAAAUACAAACAGACACUUGCGAAGAUAAGCCACGGAAACAUUCACUGGUCACUAGUAAAGAAUGUCAAGACAUUUUCGGUCAAAAAUUACUGUUUCAAGCCAUUAAACACGAUUCUACUUCCUUCUGUAACGAGUAUAUCAUUGAAAGAUCUGCAUUCAGUGUACGGAGAUGGGUAUUUUUAACUUUACUCUUCUCUGUUCUUGCCCUGCAGUAUGAAGUGUAUACUAGAGAUACCAGUUUACUUGGUAUCAUUCUCAUUCUAUUAUGUGUCAUACUAAUAGCAAAACUUCAUUUAAAGGUGAAGCAAGAAUCUCUGUUAGUAAUUACUUCAAUAGGAUUGCAGUUCACAACAACUUUUGUGACUGGUCGACAGAAUUCAAAGUUUAUUCAUCAAUGUCAUAUAAAAGAUGUUGUUAUUAACGAAGGAAUAACAAUGCAUAGGGUAAUAUUUUAUUUGGCGGUACUUUUAAAAGAUGCUAGUCAGCCACUGGGUAUAGGAAAAAUUUUACCAUUAUUUCAACAUACCUUUCCAAGAUUGGAAUGUUUAGAACAAAUUUAUACAGGAAUUCAUAUUUCACUUUUUGGAAAUUAUUCAAACAGAUGAAUUGUCCAAUUGAACCAAUUCAGUAUUAAUGAUUAACAUGGUUAAAUAGUCUUUUAAAUGGACAUCUUGUUUUAUAGAUAAAUGUCUUCCAUUCUUUGGUUGUAAAGUUUAAUAUUUUAAAAACUGGUUAAUUUAAAUUAUAAAUUUUAUUUUUAUAUGAAUGAUAUCAUUAGUUUAUAUAGUAACUUAUCACACAUAUUCAUUGUGUUCUAGUCUAAUGUUAUAAUUUUUGUAACAUUUUAAUCCUAAUUAAUGUGUUUGGUUUUGGUCAUACACAAUUGUAAAGAAGAAUUUUAAAGAUCUUGAUUAUCAAAUUUUAAUGAAUAAAAAUUGAAUAAAUUGUGUCAACUAACAGAUUGACUAUAAAAGCUAGCACUGUAAUAUUGUAAUUCAAAACUUUAUAAUGUACAUUUAUCAUUGCAUUUUGAAUUUUACUGAGAAUAUGUAGACAUGUUUAAUAUAUAUGUGAAUUUAUUCUUUAUUAAAUGAAGAAAAUGUUAAAAACUGCAUAGAGAUUGGAAAUAUACAAAACAAAGUAAAUUUAUUGUUGAAUUUUAUAAUAGUAAAUACUAUAAAUUACUCAGGAAUUGCAUUUCUUGCACUUGCUGUUGGAUAGGAUGAUGCAGUUGUUGUACUUUGGUAUUUUAUGCAGCAAAUUAAAAAACAUAAGCAGAUUUUAAAGCUUGAUAACAAUUUAUUCUUUGUAAGAAAUUUUAUA